GGUAUAUCCGCUGUUUAUACAGACAAGUCACACUGAAGCCUGCAGCUGCAUACAGUGUGGUUCAAUGAAUAAGGAGGCAUGAUGACAUCCAAUAAAAACUUCAAAGCACCUUUAAAACAGCUUAGCAGCCUGGACAGCUACAUAAUCGACAACUCUCAAAAGAAGAAAAACAUACUAUGGUGGCGACGUUCAUUCAACAGUGCUAAAAACUCAAAUACUGAAGAGAUCAAAAAUGGAACAUUGUCACGUAGUAAGCUGCACAGAACAUUCUCUACAACUCUAGUGGAUUAUACUGAUCCUCAAAGAACAAUGGUUAUAUUGGAGAAACAAGACAAUGAAGCCUUUGGAUUCGAAGUUCAGACGUAUGGUCUUAAGGUGAAGAACAGCAGUAUGGUGGAGAUGUGUACAUUUGUUUGCAGUGUGCAGGAUGGCAGUGCAGCUGAAACUGCAGGUUUGACUGCUGAUGACAUUAUAUUGUCAGUAAAUGGAGUCAGUAUUGAGGGAUCUACCCACCAGCACAUAAUUGAGUUGAUUCGAGAGUCCGCUAACAUGCUGAAGUUGGAGACGGUCAGUGGGAGUGUUGUGAAGAGAAUUGAAUUAGAGAAAAAGAUGCGCUAUCUUAAGCAAACUCUUCGUGAGAAAUGGGUGGAACUGCAAUCUCUCACAGUUCAGGAAAAGCGUCUUACUAGAGGUAAUUUGAAUGAGAGUGCUCAGCAUCCGUCUGUUGACUCUUUGCUGUCUCUCUCAUCUCCAACUGGACAUUCUGGGCAGCGUUUUUCCAGUGACAGCAGCUGCCGCAGCAUUAUGACAGAUGAUAGUGAGGAUGGAGCCUUUAUGUCAUCAGUAUUUGAUGACUCAAGUCCAUUCAGCCCAACUGAGCCAAACGGAAGUUUCUUUCAGCUGGAAGGAGGAGCUUUGCGACCCCUGACAAGAACACGCAGCAUUAGCCUGACCAGCAGUAACAGUUCACUCCCGACCUGGGAAAAUUCACCUUCAUCCAUGUUUGGGACACUGCCAAGGAGAGGCAGAAAAGGUAGUGUCCGCAAGCACCUUCUAAAGUUCAUACCUGGAUUGAAUCACUCUGUAGAGGAAGAAGAGGGCAGCUAAAAGAAACACCAAUGACUGCUAAUCUGAUGAAUACUUUGUAAGGAGCUUGAGUGGUGGGAGAUUCAUAGAUUAAACACUUCUGUUCUCAAAACGUUCUAGAAUUUUAUACAAGAACUAAUAGGUUUUUAUGACUUUCUUGCUUAAAAUGUUGAUAAAAGAAGAGUGGAAUCUCACAUCAGCAUUACGGACUGCAUUGCAGCAAUCUUUGUAUUAUUUUCUGCCUUUUUUUUGCCAAAGGACCAAAGCAUUAUAACUUUACCCAAGAAAUAAAGAACUGGCAUUAACCAAGCCUUGGAAAGUAUAUGCUGGAAAGCAGAUGCAUUGAGAGAAUUGUUUACAUUGCCUCCACUGCUCUAUUUGACUGGUUUAGAUUUC